UGCCUGCUAAAGGAAGGAUGAGUGAUGCAGAGGAUGACCAUGAGAUCUCCUUUACUGUGAAGUUUAUUGGACGAGUGGAGGUUGUCCGCCCUAAUGGACUUAACAUCCUAGAGGAAGCAGCUCAGAGCCUUAAGACACCUGAUCCUUAUGCUACAGAAAAGGCUGCAAAGAAGAGCAAAGUCCACAUCUUUGUCUCCCUGAGUGGGAUUGACAUUUUGGAAAACAAAACAAAGUUUCUGCUGUACACCUGCCCCUUGGCUACUAUUUCCUUCUGUGCUGUCAUGCCUUCGGCGCCCAAAAUGUUCGGCUUUGUGGCCAAGCACCCUGCAGUGGACAUGUACCACUGCUACCUGUUUAAGAGUGACACUUUAUCUCAUGUGCUGGUCUCUGCUGUCGGUGAUGUCUUCCGAGCCGCCAAAAAGGAGGAGCGUGUGACAGGAGGUCGAGAUCUGAUAGUGGAGGCGCUCAGGCAUAAGAACAAAAUGCUGCAAAAACAGAAUUCCGAGCUCAAGAGGAGGCUUGCAGAAAAAAACAGUCAAGAAUAAAAACAGGUGCCAAUGUGUUAUACAUGUUAAUUGUUUCUUUGGACAUCUUCAUGAUUGUGGUAAAAUCUAAGUGUGUUCGGACACUUGGAGUAAACUAAGCCCUGUGACAUCACUUCAGCCUGUUGUCUCUCGGCCGAUGAAAUAUUGCAGUGUGUGUUACAAAUGUGGAAUUUCAAAUAUGCGAGUGUUUACCAGGGGAAGAGACCAUUUGCCUCAUUCACGUCUUGAAAGGGAUUUACUACUGGAUACAAUAGCUCUUAUUUUAAAGGGGACCUAUUGUGCUUUUCUGAUCUAUAAAUGUAGUUAGAAUGUACUAUUCUUGGUUAUGGUGAUGGUUUUAUUUCAUUUGAACAUGCAUCAGAUUGCAAUUGAAUGCAUCCCAUAAUCAGUUCACAGUUCCACAUGUCCAAAAGGAGUAGCAAGAAGCAAAGCUUAUUAAAUCCUACCCCUCCAUUUGGUACUUUUACAAUCAGUAACUGUUACAUUUGUUCACUUCCUGCUUUCCUAAUAUAGUUUAAGGUUUUUUUUUUUUUAUUUUUUUUAUUUUUUUAAAUAAUGCACCUCGUACCGAAGUACGAGGUGAUAUGACCAUACAAUGACAUAAUGUGUUUCCAAAAAUGUGUAUUUGACGUACAUCGAAGACCCUAAAUUGCAAUAUUUACAAACAAAUUUUUUAAGUUUAACUUUAACAUUUUAAUGUUUACAAAAGCAAGCCUCUA